UUAAAUUUAUUACGUUUUGUUUAUACAUACAUUUUGCAACAGCCCAUUCCAGGUCCAGUUUUUUCAAUGGAGGAAACCGACGAAUCUCAAGCGUCGAUGAUAGAGGCGACGAAUGAAAGACCGAAGAGAAAUAAGAGAAAGUCGUUGGUGGCGGAUAUGGAUGCGUCCCCGGAGCGCAUUUUUAAACGGCCAUCUUUGAGGAGAGGAAGUUCUUUCACCUUUUUGACACCUGGACCCCAGUGGGACUUCACUCUGAAACGCAAACGCAGAGAGAAAGAUGAUGCAGAUGCAGUCAGCCUGUGCAGCUUUGACUUUAAGGAACCUUGUACUAAGCGUGUGCGGCCACUGGGCAGAGUGACCUCACUGGCGAACCUCAUCUCUCCCGUGAAGAAUGGGGCCGUACGGCGCUUCGGCCAGACCCUCCAGGCCUCCUUCCGGGGCGAUGGACGGUCUCCAGGCAUGGCCCAACAGAAGCCCUGCAGCAAGGCUGCAGCCCCUACACCACCAAAGCGCCGUAACAGCACACUCUGGUCCGAGACCUUGGACGUCCAUCAGAAAGGCACCUUUUCCACCAAGGAGAUUAAGAGACAGGAGGCAAUUUUUGAGCUGUCUCGAGGUGAACAAGACCUGAUUGAAGACCUGAAGCUUGCUCGAAAGGCGUACCAUGACCCAAUGCUGAAACUUUCUAUCAUGUCUGAGGAGGAGUUGACCGCUAUCUUUGGAGACUUGGAUGCUUAUAUUCCUCUUCAUGAAGAUCUUCUCGCUCAGCUUGCCAAAGCUACAGGCCAGGAUGGGACAGUGGGACAGAUCGGCAAGAUUGUUGUGGACUGGCUGCCAAGGUUAAAUGCGUACAGGGCAUAUUGCAGUAACCAGCUGGCCGCAAAAGCCUUGCUAGACCAGAAGAAACAAGACCCAAGGGUGCAGGACUUCCUGCAGCGUUGUCUAGAGUCGCCUUUCAGCAGGAAGCUGGACCUGUGGAGCUUCCUGGACAUCCCUCGAUCACGACUUGUAAAAUACCCGCUUCUUCUUAAAGAGAUUCUCAGACAUACACCACCAGAUCACCCAGACACAGCCAGCCUUGAGCAAGCGAUAAGCAUUAUUCAAGCCGUGUUGGCUGACAUAAACAUGAAGAAAGGAGAGUCUGAGUGCCAAUACUAUAUCGAUAAGCUGGAAUAUCUGGAUGAUAGACAGAAAGAUCCACGCAUAGACCUGUGCAAGAGCCUGCUUUGCCAUGGGGAACUCCGCAACAAAAGCGGCACAAAGCUGCACGUGUUCCUCUUCACAGAGAUUCUGGUCUUGACGCGGCCUGUAACGCGGAAUGAUCGCCAUUGUUACCAGGUGUAUCGCCAGCCAAUUCCAGUGCAGGAUCUUGUAUUGGAAGACCUGCAGGAUGGAGAUGUGCGCAUGGGUGGUUCAUUCAGAGGGGCCUUUAGUAACUCAGAUAAAGCUAAGAAUAUUUUCCGGGUGCGCUUCCAGGACUCAGCUCAGGGUCAGUCCCACACACUCCAGGUCAAUGACAUCUUUCACAAGCAGCAGUGGCUGAACUGCCUCCGCACCGCCAUGUCAACCCAGAAAGACUUGGCAAUCCCAGAGAACGACUCCCCGUCCACUCCCACCACUGCAGAAGUGUGCUUCAAACGCCACUCGUCCUCCAUCUCUGCCAUCAUGCAUAUGGAAGAGUCAGAUGAGAACUGUCCACAGGGUGCAGUCUCUGCUCCCUCAUCCCCCAGCUCUGAGUCACCCUCAAGCCCCACACCUUCCACAACUUCCACCCUCUCAUCCUCAUCCUCAUCCUCGUCUUCUGCAUCCUUCCUGCCCCGCAAAUCCAAAAAGGACAAGCAUUCACUCGGCUCAUUAGGCAAGAGAAAGGAGACUAUGGUGUAAAGAUAGACUUGUAAGAGGACUGAGCUAUCCCAGGGUGCAGUAAUGGAGCUGCACAAUGUGGAGGACUUGUAUUUAUGUGUGUGUAUGGACUGUGUGUUGCUACAGCAGUGUUUCUGUGUUACUGUCCACAAUGGCAGCUAUUAUUACCAUAUCCCAUCCCAAGUCCCUCCCUGGUCCACUUGGGCCAAACCAGUACCAGAAAGACAGUAUUUGUGAGGCAAAUGUGUGGAUCUCAAGGGAUCGAAUAUGGAAGACACAUCCCGCACACUUUAAAUCACAAUCGAUGUUAAUUUGUGUGAAUACAUAUGAUCGCACAUCUAGCCUUGUUUACUGUUAGUUUGGUCAUAUUUUGUUAUUUUAUUAUUCAUUUUUUAUGUAAUAAAUAGUUGUACUUUUUUUUUUUUUUUUUACUUCUCGAUAAGAUAUUUACUGUAGCUCUUUUUGUUUUUAUUAAAAGCAAUGUGGUUAGCUUUUAGCUGAAGAGUUUAAAAUAUGACAGAAGAGACAAACACCCACUGAGAGAAGUGAUUGAAUAUCCAAAGCAAUGAAUUCUUUGUAAAAGCUUGAGUCGUAGCUUUACUGGAAGGCAAGUCUUACAAAUACAUUCCCAUUUUACCAGCUCCAUUUAAAAUUGUAAUCAGAUGGCAUUAUUUUUCUCUAUAGAAAAUGGAAAAACUAGCUAUGUUUAGUAGCAAAUGGAAAAUUAGCUUAUUCGUACAAAAUUAAAUCUGAGCCAUGUUUUUUUUUCCCACCCUACCAAAAAUGAAAUGGACAAAUAUUCAAAUGUAGCAUCUUGCAUGGAGCUUUACUUGUUGAGUCCUGCCUGCAUUAUUAUGAGGGCCCAGUGCAUGUACAUGCUUGUCAAAGCAGAAGUUUACGUAGAAAGGACGUCACAUAGAAGAAUAGUUGUAUGUUGAAUAAGGGCUUGAGAAAUGUUGAAGUGAAACAAGAAAGAAACUUCAGAGUUGAAUUGGAUAAGACUAGAUGGACUUGAUUGGCACUACUAGAGAUUAGCAACCAUUCAUAGACUUUGGUUUGCUGUUAUUUCAUUUUUGUAGUGUCUGCAUGAAGUAGAAAGGUUGGAUAGACUGGUAUAAAGCCAGUAGGAAUGUUUUUGAAAAAGAAAGACGAAAAAGUAUGUUGAAGAGGAGAAAUUGUUGAAGGUUAAAGAAUGUCAUGACCACUUCAUUAUGUAAGUUUGUGAAAAUAAGUUUGUAACAGAGAUGGAAGGGAUUGUACAUUAUUGAGGACUGCAGUGGCCUGCAUGUAUGUGAUGUAAAAAAAACUAAACAAAAAAACUUUUAAAUGAUCAAUAAAGGUCUGUGUAUGAUUUGCAUCUGACAAGUGAUUCUGAUUUGAAUUUUUGUUCUAAAUAAUACAAAUUAAAUUAUACUCCAAAAACAACUGUGGCAAAGAACAUAAUAUAAAGGUUUGGGAGUGCAACCCCUUGAUUAUUAUGUGUGUAUAAAAAAACAAGGUUCACUACUGAAAUUGAAAUGAUGACAGCACAACAUCCAUAACAACGUUUUGGCAUCUCACAAUUGUAAACAAGGUACAUGCAUGCCAACAGACAAUUUAUCCCAUUAGCUAAACCUAACGGAAGAGUGGCCGGAGAUGUUUUAACAAUGUUUAAUAAA